AUGUCUACUUCCAGCCCACUCAUCCCCGGCAUCUCGAACGAUCAGCUUCAGGGCAUAAUGGCUCUAUUUCAAGGCAUACUAAGAACUGAAAUGGCCAUAUUCAGAACUGAAAUAAGAACUGAAAUGGGCAUGCUAAGGACUGAAAUGAAUCAACUACGCAAUGAGUUUCGUCAGCAAGCCACUCAGCCAGUCACUCAGCCAGUCACUCAGUCAGCCACUCAGCCAGCUACUCAGCCAGUCACUCAGUCGAUCACUCAGCCAGAGCACCCAGUUGAACAAGAGGAGGAAACACUACAGGCAAUUGCGGAGAACACUGCGGAGAACACUGCGGAGAAACCAAGCGGCAACAAGGCCACCAUCGUCAAAGACAUGGCUCAGCUCUCCACGAUCCCGCGUCAAAUCAUCACUCAGCAAGCGGAGAACACCACUACGAUUUGGCCUACUAUCUCCACAUGCCUGGGCAAUAUCACAUUAUGGUACAUCACUGCAAUGAGCACACAAGAGAAGGAUCUACUGCGUCGAUCACAGCCAAUUGGGCCUCUGCAGGAGGACAUCAGACAAUACAUAUUUGGACGAAUUGAAACCGUCUGA